GUCGAACAUAUGAUUUCACCCUUGUAAACAGAGAAGUCUAGACUCCACACCUCUUGCAGCUGGUUUUCCGCACUUUGUUCCACCUAACUGGUCUGUGAGGCGGUAAGACAACACACAGAUAGACAGAUUUACGAUCAUGUGCCUCAAGUAAUGUGUAAUUGUGAAGGAAAUCUUGAAAAAAAUGCGUAAACAUAACUUUUGUGAUAAGGUUUAGGUAGGUGUUUCUUGUUGUGACUGCGCACGUCCAACCAUUACUCGCCCAGGUAUUUAUAUUUAUUGCCUUGUGUGUUGUGGCUUGCUCCAGGCAUCGUGGUGAACUGAAUGUACUGACGCAGCAUCACAACACAGGUCAGGAUGCCUCUCCUGUACAGUGUAGUUGCCCGGGGCACCACGGUGCUGGCGCGGUAUGCAACAUGUGCCGGCAAUUUUGCAGAAGUAACAGAACAGAUUCUGACCAAAAUAUCUCCUGGUGAAUCUGGACGUCUGACUUAUUCCCACGCCUCUUACCUGUUCCAUUAUGUGGCUGAGACGGGAGUUGUUUUCAUGUGCAUCACAGAUGAUGAGUUUGAGAGACAGCGAGCUUUCCUGUUCUUGGAGGAGAUCAAGCAAAGAUUUUUAGCUACUUAUGGUCAAAGAAUCCAGACAGCUUUGCCAUAUGCCAUGAACAGCGAAUUUGCUCAGGUGUUAGCUGCACAAAUGAAACACUUCACAGAGUCCCGUGAUAUUGACAAAAUCUCGCGGCUACAAGGAGAAGUGAGUGAUGUGAAGGACAUCCUUGUUAAGAACAUAGAAAACAUAACGGCUCGUGGGGAAAGACUGGAACUGUUGAUAAACAAGACACAAAGCCUCAAUACUUCAGCCGUCACCUUCAAGACAACAAGCCGCACUCUUGCUCGCAGUUUGUGGUGGAAAAAUAUUCGCAUUAUCAUUGUCAUAAUUCUGGGAGUUGGUGUUAGCAUCUACAUCAUUGGUGCCAUGGCAUGUGGCAUGAGCUGGCAGAAGUGUACACAGUGAAACAAGCAAGCAAGAAGUGGAUAACCUGCAAUAGAUUAUCUUUGUAACAACAAGAGUGUAUUUGGCUUUUCUGAAUGAAGGAUCUGGCAAAGGUAGUCACUUUCACACAAACUCCCAAACACACCUCAUUGUUUGGAUCAUAGGUUUUAGAAUUCUAGGUAUUAGCAAACUGAGAUUUCAUAGAACGUAACUUCUUUAUGGGGUAUAUAUGUGUAAUCUUCAAUGAAGUUAUGUUUUAUAUGAGAGCUCAUAAGAUUUAUUGGUAUAAUUUUGAGAAAUGCUGUACACCUUAAUUGCAAAUUUCAUUCCUUUGUUUGAUCCAUCUUUAUUAUCAAUAAUGUGAAUUUUUAUCAUACCCAAAAUCGAUAGUUUCAUUUUCUUGUUUGUUUUGUUGUAAGUUUAAAAUGUAUACAUAACCACUUUCAUUUUCUUUGUAGGAAUUGCUGUUAAAUUACAUUUUCAAACAUUAAUACUGAGUAAUCAACUAAGCAUUAUUAAUGAUUGAUGUGCUACAUUUCCUCAGUGCUUUGUCAGAUGGAUGCAUCUUGUGUUUCAUGUGUUACACUAUUGCCUUCUUUUCUGUAGCCAUUCAUAAUGUCACACUAUUUUUGUAAAACAAUUUUCUGCAAACUUGAUAGCUGAAGAAUAUGUCUUAUUUCUUGUUCUAAGUACCAGGACUUGUGGUUGAGGCAAGGUAAUGCCUCACACUGUAGUGAAGGUGAGAGAGUUUCCUCAUCUGAUGAACCAGAACAGGCUGGUUUGCUGAGCAACUGGUGCCCUUGCAGGUGUUAUAAAAGUUUCCUGUCAACCAGUUGUCUUACACAGUAUUAUUUAAUUCAUUAUAUCAUGGUCAUGGUCACAUCUGUUUUAGAUGUCAAUGUGAGUGAGACUUCCAGUGUUGCCACUGAUGUGAAUAUUAUAAUAAGAAAAUAUCAAAAUGAUCUAAGCACAUACAAAGGAAUAAGUUUAAGUGCAUGAAGACUUUAACUUUGUACAAUGGAACUUACUAUCCACCCAUUAGAUGUGAUUAGACUACUGUGUUUGUUGUAUGUACUACUUUAUUACUGAAGAGGUGAUGCAGGAUAGGUUGCCUAAAAUCACGUGGGAGAGGAUUUGUUACGUCUGUGUAUGUCUGGUGUGUUGUUGUCUGCCUUUACCAACACAUGACUAAUGGAAACCUACUCUGCAUCAGAACAUUUAGAUUUUGUAAGUCACACUGCACAGAUAUACACUAUAUUUUACCAUAUGCUAUUGUUGAUAAUGGCGUCAGCCAUUUGCAUACUGUACUUCCAUUAUUGAUGCCAGUUGUUAUAAUCUUAGAUGAUAGAAUAUGAUGUCAUUAACUCAAGGUGCUGAAACGAACAGGAUUUUGAUCUUGGCAUUUUCAGUGUUAUGUAGAGAUAUAUUUUGGAAUUAAGGCUAUGUAUUGCAUUACUGUUGGUCAGUCAGUCUUGAAUGUACUGUGUUGAAACAAUCUUCUGAAUUUCAUGAAAUUCUUCCUACAAUUCCUAUGUAAAAUUCCUUUACCAUUUUGUUUGUAGAAGUGGGCCAGUAGAAGCAGGGUGAGUAACUGAUUAAAUGCGAGAAAGUAAGCAGAAGUAGAUUUUGAUAAUAAAUAAUAAGGGAGCUUGUAACAGACUCAGAGCUACAUUGUAUUGGGGAAAGCAGGGAAGGGACUACGAUUGUGAGUGAGUGAGGACCUUUGAUUAUUCUCAUACCAUAAUUAUCUCAUUCAGCUUUCAUUUUUACAUUUUGUGGCAGUUAUUUCCAUAUUUUCCUUUAUUAGAGACUGGACCAUAUGAAUUUAUUUCUGAAAUUUUUCUUCAGGGACAAAAAUUAGAUGUGUCCUAUCUCAUAUGUAUUACUGUAAUUUGCCUUAGACAUGGAUUACAUGUUUCUGUAUAAUGCUGUACUGCAGCACUGAAGCAUUGGGCCAAGGCUGUUAUGAUUUGUACUUGUAGAGUUGAUAGAAAAGGUGUUGUAUUUUUCUCAUGUUACCAUUUGGAUAUUCAAAGAUGACUAUAUACUGUCAUAUUCUGAGUGUUGGUUUAAGAUGUACAUCAUUGCCAUCAUGUUUUGUGAUUGGCAUUUGAGACUUCGAGAAAAAUGAAGUUAGUAGUAUGGAUAUUAUGAUAAUCUGAUUAGUUUGUCAGUUACAAACAAUUCCUUUCAGAUUAAAGCUGAGUAGUGUUAAGUAACUGCUGUGAUAGUUACCGUAGCCUUAGUUCUGUAUAUAUUUAUUGCUGUGAGAUCGGUACUGUACUUGUUACUGUUUCUCACGAUAUUAUUUACCUCUGUUCUUUGGGCAUUCACAUGUUUGUAUUUGUAUGAUGCUCUCCAUUCCUUUACAAAAUCCUUUAUAAUAUUAGUCAUUAUAGAUAUAUAGAGAAGUAUAAUAAUGGGUGAAAAUAGAACAAGAAUCAGAAAGAUUAUUUUGUUUUCCCUCCUUUUUAUGAAAUGGUUACUGCAUGCCAUCAUUAAUGAAAAAAGGAAGUAGUGAAUAGCUGAAAAUUAUCCCUAUUUUUUAAGUUACCAUUCUGGCAAGUGGAAAACACAACUGAAAAUGCAAUCUGUGUAAUUUAACUAUAUUGCAUUUUCAUAGUGGUGUAUUUCCAAAACUUCAUAAUUGUAACAUGUCAAUGAAUCUUCAGCCUGAACAAGAUUUGUAGAAUGCCGUGUAUUAUAAUUGAUCACAAUGCUAAAAGCUUUUAUGUCCUUGUUUGUCUGUCACAGAUUAUCAAGCAUGUUCUGCUCUCUUUCCAUUUCUCCUCUUCUGGUACAGUCCUACCAAAAUAUCCAUCAAUUCACAAGUAUAUCUUGUUUUGCACUAUAAAAGUAUAUAUCAAA